AUUGGUGCGGUUGUGAUGUCUUCAGUCGGACUGAGCAACAGAAUGGGACAUCGACCUGUGAAGACCUGCACAGAAUGCAAGCAAGUCAAACUGAAAUGCGAUUCCAAAGUUAAAUUUCCCGCUCCGUGUACACGAUGUCACACUCGAAAUCUCCAGUGUGCAGUGGACUCAACAUUUCGCCGUACGCCGGCGCGCAGACGUGUCGAAGAAAUGGCCAGAGAGCUGGAAAGCUUGAGGCAGCAGAGAGAAGAAACCGGAUCCAAAGCGUCGCCCUCGACAAAUAAUGAGUCGGGUUCGGCAACGUAUGGAUCUCCAGCAGAUACCUUGGAUCACCCCGGUGUAGCCGUUCUGAACGAACUUGGUAUGAUGGACGAAUAUCGACUUGAUGACUUCGUCGUUGACAAAGCAACUGUUAUUCAUACCUUUCGGAUAUUCUCUCUUCUAUUUUACCCACACUGGCCCAUUCUUCACCAUAGAAUUUCGAUCUCGUCCAUGUACAGUCAUUCGCCCCUGCUCUUCUGGACCAUCAUCGCCAUCGUAGCAUCUCGUGCAACUACGCCUCAAGAAGGUGUACUGUUUGAACCACUCGUGGGACCCUUCCUUUCCUACCUUGGAGGUGUCAUUUUGAAAGCGCCAGUGCCAUAUCCAGCAAUCCAGGCUCUGACAUAUUUGAUCAUCUGGCCUUUUCCAGCGGAGCGACAGAACCGCGAUUCAACAUGGUUGUAUUGCGGCGUAGCGACCAAUGCCGCCAUGUAUUUAGGUCUUCACCAAGCUAGACCACCUCCAAGUCUGAGGAGCAUCGGUGUGCCGGCAGGGACUCCAAAGGCAAGGGCUCACACGUGGUUGGGCUGCUUCGUAGCCAAUACAUGCCUUGGGUUACACGUCGGAGUUACCCCCUUAUUGACAGGCCCAAAAGAACUCGAAACCAUCGAAUCCUUCGUACGAGGCCACGCAAUCCCAUCCGAAUUCGCCCACCAUGUCAUGGUACACGCAACCCUCGCACGCUACACAAAAAUUGUCACCGAAACGAGCGAAGAAAUCGUCAGCCACUCCCUGAUACGUCUUUUCAAUGCCGAGCUCGAUAGCAUCAAGACCCGCUUCCCUACCCCUUGGACCGCGCGGUCAGAAAUGGCUACCUUGAUUGCAAAGAUUCACAUCUACACCAUGACCAUUAUUAGAAUUCACAAGGACCUCACGACACGCGAGAUCCUCAUGCGAAGUACUUACACGACUGCACUGCGCAUCAUCUACCUAUGUGACCAGGGUGAGAUAGCGUUUCACCCAGCCGAAUACAAGCACCUGGCCCCGGAGAUCCUGGAACGCGCGGUGCCAAAAGACUACUUCCGCACUCUUUUCUUGGCCACAAUUUUCCUGUUGCGCUUCUUUGCGCUCAACGUGCACGCCGCGCCCGAAGACCAGGAGGUCGCGCGGAACCACGUCGCCAUGGCGCAGCGCUGCCUCAAGGCGGGUAGUCUGAAUGAGAACGACGAGAAGGAGCGCGCGGCUUUUCUACUCGAAGUAUUGAGCCGUCAACAGCCCAUCGACGUCGACAACACUAAGUUGAGAAUCGAUAAUCGCUUGGGGGCCUCGUUGGUCUACGAUGCCAUUACCACGGGUCACAAGCUUCGCAAUCUGGACGAGGAAGUGACUGGGGACCCCGAAGAGGCGGAGGUAGAGGCCGCGGCCGUACCAGCUUCAUUGCAGGGCGGUGGGCACCCAAUGCCUACAGGUCCCAUGGACACUUUCGCAGAGAUGCCUCCCCCGCCUUUUAUGGCGUCGUCUACUGUCCAGGGAAUGGCUCAGGUGGACAUGAACGGUAUGGAUGCUUUUACUGGGCCGUUCGAGUUUUCACUUCCUGAAGACUUGUGGGGUGAUUCCAUAUGGAAUAUGUUCAAUAGUGGUGCGCCGGAUCAGUCCAUGAUGUAUUAG